UUUGUCAUUGGGUAGCUGUGACAGAGAGAGGCAGCCAAGAGAGAAAUAACAGAGAGAGAGCAAGAGACUACAAUUGGAUGCCAGUGAUUGAGUAAAAGACUAAAGCAGCUUGUGAAUUUUCUCAGUUGUCAUGGGCCCUUGGGGGUCAAUCAAGUGGCACUGCUGACUCACAGAGGAAAGGAUAGGAGACACAUGAAGAAACAAACAAAACAAAAAAACACAAUCGACAAGAAGUAACUAAGGACAACAAGGCUUUUAUAAGUAACAGCGCAAGAGAAACAGAGAGUAAGGGGGACAGGGUGAGCGCCUCUUACACAGGGGAGACCGUCUUCAGAGUGUUGCGUCCACGCAGCAGAGAGAGAGAGACAGCUGCCAACAAGAUACCCCAAGUUCAUCAGUCCAUCAUCUAUCCAUCCAUCUAUCAGUCCAGCCAGUGAGGAAGAGCCACAGACAUGAAGAGACCUCACGACUACAGCUCUCCAGACUCGGACACAGACGAGUUUAUUGACGUGGGACAAGAAGACGGCUAUUGCCCAGUCACCGGGUCCAUGUCUCCUGGGAGCGCCUCGCAGAUUCUGGCCCGAAAGAAGAGAAGAGGGAUCAUAGAGAAGAGGCGCAGAGACCGGAUCAACCACAGCCUGUCGGAGCUCAGGAGGCUGGUGCCCAGUGCUUUUGAGAAACAGGGUUCAUCUAAGCUUGAGAAAGCAGAGAUCCUGCAGAUGACUGUGGACCACCUCAAACUCCUGCAUGCCAUGGGAGGAAAAGGUUACUUUGAUGCAAGGGCCCUGGCGGUAGACUACAGGACAUUAGGCUUUAGGGAGUGCGUUGGAGAGGUGGUGCGGUACCUCAGCUCCCUUGAUGGGGAUUCCACGGACCCUAUAGGAGCGCGUCUGGUCUCCCACCUUUCCCACUGUGCAAGUGAGCUUGACCCCCUUCUCCUCCAGUCGCCCCCGGCCUCCGCCCUGCCUUUUCCACCAUGGCCAUGGGCGUCCUUCCCUCAGAUAUCCCCCACCUCACCAGCCUCUUCCUCACCUCCUUUCCCCAGUGGGCGAAGGGAUCUGACCCUGAUGGGGAGCUACCCAUCACCUGCCUCCCUCCGCCUCGGCCCCCUGGCUGGUUGCCAGCAGGGUGUACCCCAGCUCCUUACCCCCACAGCCCUGGCUACCAUUCACAGGUUGCCCACCCUCGCAGUAUCGGCCUCCCUAGCCCCCUCCAGACCAACCCAGGCGUCCCCUCACAACGCCGCCAGGGCCUCGCCUCUUCACCUACCCACCCCUUCCUCUUCCUCUCCUUCUACCUCCUCCUCCACCUCUUCUAUUUCCUCAUCUUCUGCUCCACUGCAAGUCUCUUUCAGGCCCUUUGCACCUCUGGGUUCUCCCACAGCUCAGAGCAGGGGCUUGAGCGGAGCAGCCAAGGCAGCCCAGGGAUGGGGGACUGAGAUAGGAGCUUUCUGAGGAUCAUCUCUGGUUUUGUUUUCCAAAUGAACUCUGUACAGUGGACAUGGAGCUCCCAUGUGCAACAUGCAGCAAAUAUGAAGCCGUUCAAGAAAGACCUUUGAUGAUUGGCUCUGCUUCUGAGGGACUCUAAAAGCCAUAUCAGACUGUGGGUGAAGCGUCAGAUAAUUACAAACAAUCAUAUAUAAUAGAAUAAUGAGAGAAUGUGAAAGAAUAGAAGAGUUGAAUACAUUCAUGAUCUUGCUUGACAAAUACACACAUACACCUUGUUCAACAGAGCCAUAUAUAUAACGCUCAACAGAGUGACGUUGAGUUUUUACUGAUCUUUUAACUGUGAUAUUUGUUGUUUUUCCCGCAAACCAUUUAUACAUUUUAUUACAUUUUGACAAUGUUUGACAAAAAUCUCCAUAAAAACUAAGUGCCUUUACCUUUG